UGUAAAUAUCCCACAACAUAACGUGGCUAAGAGAGCUAAACCCUCGAACACUCUCCUUCCACUUCCCGAAACAAAACCCACAAAGGAAAAAGACUGUAAUUUGAGAGAAAGUAGUAGGAGCAUUGAAGAUGAACAAGAAGGAGGUGUUUAAGCUAGCAAAGGGAUUCAGGGGAAGAGCUAAGAAUUGCAUAAGAAUAGCAAGAGAGAGAGUGGAAAAGGCGCUUCAGUACUCUUACAGAGAUCGGCGGAACAAGAAACGUGACAUGCGCGGUCUCUGGAUCCAGCGGAUCAACGCCGGCACCCGCCAGCAUGGAGUGAACUAUGGUAAUUUUAUGCAUGGGCUGAUGAAUGAGAACAUCCAGCUCAACAGGAAAGUUCUUUCAGAGCUUUCAAUGCAUGAACCAUAUAGCUUCAAGGCCCUGGUCGACAUCUCGCGCAAUGCCUUCCCGGGAAACAAGGCAGUCGCACCUCCCAAAAAGGAAGGGCUUGCGAUUCUCGUUUGAUUCAUUUUAUCGUUUAUUUCCUGAAAUCAUUUCCUGUACUUCUCUUCAGUAUUCCUAAUUUUAUUCUAGAAGGAUUUUUAUAUAAAUUUCUACAGAUGAUAGCUGUUUCUUUCUUGACUUUCUAAAGUUGGAAAAUGAAAGUUGAAUUAUUCAUUU